CUUCACUGUUGUCAUGCUGAUCAUCGUACUGUAUUGUUACCGACUGCGUGUGCUAAGGCUGCGAAGGGAAGCAGAGGAAGCGGAGCGGCAACGCUUGGAAGAAGAGCGGCUGCGGCGCAUGGCGUCGAUGGUAUUGAAGUCAUUUUUCUGCUGAAGAAGACAAUAACCUAAUCCUUCAGUACCUUCGCGACAUUGUACUUUUAGAAUUUCUUACAGCAAAGAACUAUCACUGUUUUUCAUCUUUUUGGCUCUGGAGUCAUUUUCAUCGACUUCUACGAGUACUUACUUAAGUUUAGUUCAUGUUGCCUAGUAUUCUUUUUUGAUGAAGUUUCUAAAAAUUCUGCAAUCAUCUAUCAGCUUGAGACGACGGAGUCCUCGGUGGAUACGUUUAUUGCCGUGAUCGAGCAAGAGCGAAAGGAGGCCGCGGAUGAUGGACGCAUUCCACCCCCUAGUCUGCCGUAUAAAUUCAAAAUGGCGAAGAUUCGAGGUGACUGGGCUGCGGUCGGGUUCCCAAAGUUUAGCGAUCCGAAGAGUGUCUACUACAACAGAAUCCACACACGUGAUACCCUCCGACGCGAGACGGAAAAGCGCUACGGGUUUGCGCUGACAACAAACAUGUUGAAAGUAGAUGACCUGCCGAAAGAGCUCUUUGAGGUACUGCUUCACUGAUUAUCGUUUUUGGUGUUGAUUUAGUUUUUGUGCGCCUGUGCUCGGUAGAUCUAGAGGUUCAUAUUAUAGAAAAAUUUAUAGAACGGAUGUAGGAUCAUGGACUUGGAUGGAUCAGAUGAACCCCCCUAAAUCUUCCGAUCCUACUUGAAAUGGCGGGAAGUCCAUCCGUUCCAUCCCAUCCCGGAUCUGGCGCCCCUAUAUUAUAAAUUGCUCUCAAUUAUUAGAAAAACCAGUAGGGCCACUAGUACUAGGCGACGUAAGAAAAUCGGUGCUCAGAGUCUCCGUCUCCCUGUUGAAUUGUGUAUGUGUGGUCCUGCUGUCUCGCCGAUGGAGGGUAUCACAUCCUUCCCUAACCCAUAAAACAACCCUUUAUCCCAGAUCGCGCCGACGAAGGAAGAGAGAAAGGACCCGCAUAUUUGGGACCUUCCGGAGUGGGCCAAGCGUGCGGGGCCGGUGAUGGGAGAGUUCUGGAACUGGCGGAGAAGCUAUGCGCGUCAUGUGACACCAGACGACUGGAGCAUAUCCUGGAGUGAGAGCGUCUUAACCACGUCAGAACGCGCAAAGCGAAGGUCGUCGUCUCUACCACCAACGCUCUUGACUCAUGAAGGUUUCGACUUCGAUUUCGGGGAGGGUCAUAGUCAGGGUAGCAGCUCGAGUGCCGGAUUUAAAGACGGGGAAGGCAAGACGGUAAUAACUUCCAAUAGACCGGGUGCAGUUAGGAAAGCCUGGUCUCCGCGCAAGAUGAAUCUAGAGCAAGAAGGCGGAACUCCAGCAAAACUUAGUCCAGCGGAGCAAGCGCGCAAGGCAAGCGAGUCACUGAGACGUCGUGAUCAGUACAGCACGGUAGACUCACCGAUACGGAGCAGUGACCAAGAGCUUAUUCUUGAAACAGUAGGCGGAAAGGCUGUAGCAGACGACGCAGUUACACCAAAAAGAUUGCGGAAAAAACAUUCAAAGAUAGUCGAGUACUAGCGUGGAGCAGUUUUUUUGUUCACGACUUUAUAUUUGAAUGCGAAGUGAAAUAGCGAGCGAUACGCCCCCUGCUCAUAAUUUAUACACAUAACAAAUUUCCCCUGAUCGACAUGUAAAUGUACCAUUAGUUACAGAGUGGUCUAGAGAAUAGAUGUGUCCAAGAACAGUAUUGAAAACAAAUUCGAAUUGUUCUUAAUGUACUUACCGUCGCGGUCGCAUAUGCAGCUUUCCUGAUCAGCACUUUAGUCUUCAGCCUUAUCCCUCCUGCUGGGAGCAGAGGGAUUCUCUACAGGCAUAUCUGCGCGAAUAACCUCAUACCUGUGCUUACAUAUGGCGACCUAAGGUUUACGAAUGAAUACUUACCUCUGGUGAGGUGGACUUUGUCUCUGCGGACGAAUGUGCGGACGCUCAUUAUGCUCGACUGAAAGUUGAAGAUGAAUGACUACCUACGGAUUUAUUUUCCGGAAAAU